UUCUUUGCAGAGUCAUGGGCAGCAAGAAGAAAGAAGUUGCUCUGCAGGUCAACAUCAGCACCCAGGAGCUUUGGGAGGAGAUGCUCGGCUCCAGAGGACUGACUGUUGUAGACGUCUACCAGGGAUGGUGUGGCCCCUGCAAACCUGUGGUGAGCCUCUUCCAGAAGAUGAGGAUCGAGCUUGGCUUGGAGCUUCUCCACUUUGCUCUGGCAGAGGCAGAUUCUCUUGAUGUUCUGGAAAAAUACCGAGGGAAGUGCGAGCCAACCUUUCUAUUUUAUGCAGUUACUGAUGAGGCCCUUUUUGGUGCAGUCAAGUGUCCUCCCCGUGAAAAAGAUGGUGGUGAGGAUGGGGACACAGUGUCAUCAGAGAAGACCUGUACAUUAGCCAUCAUUAAGCCAGAUGCAGUGGCCCACGGAAAGGCUGAUGAGAUCAUCAUGAAGAUCCAGGAAGCAGGAUUUGACAUACUAUUAAACGAAGAGAGAACCCUGACAGAGGAGGAAAUGCAAGUGUUCUAUCAACACAGAGCUGAGGAGGAGGCAUUUGACAAGCUGGUCCACCACAUGUGCAGCGGACCCAGCCACCUCCUUAUCCUCACCAUGACUGAGGACACCGAGGAUGCAGUCACUGCUUGGCAAACCUUCCUGGGGCCUUGUGACCCCAAUGUGGCCAGGAGGGAAUAUCCUGAAAGUCUCCGGGCUCAGUACGGCACAGACAUGCCCUUUAACGCUGUGCAUGGAAGCCGGGACAGAGAGGACGCCAAGAGAGAGCUGGCCCUGCUCUUCCCCAGUUUCAAGUUUUCAGAUAAAGACGUGGAAGCCCCGCAGGAUGCGGAGGCUCAGACUGUGGUCUCUGAGUCUAUCUGAGGACUGGGAUGCUGUGCUGCCUUUUGCCAAGGUCAAAGUCACAAGGCCACAAGAGGAGACAUCGGAGCUCAUGUAUGCACAGAAGGACCUCCCCAGGAUGAUUUCAGAGCAGCAAUAUGUUCUUGGUAUAGCCCAAUUUUGUGAACAAUGAAAAUAACUGUAUACACUUCCCUGCCUUAUGAACAGUCUACAAAGCAGACCCUACCGUUUAGUCACUGUACUCUCUCUGAGACAUGGUGUCACCUCAGGGGACACUGGGUGUCCCCAACAAUAAACCUACUGCUUUGAUCCAA